CUGUUUUUUUCCCUCUCUUCGUCCUUUGAGUGCGGUUCUCGGCGCCACAGGAGCUCGGCCCCGGCCCCGCAGACAGCGCGGGUUGCAGCCGGGAACUCACCGCCAGCUCUUCCCCUGCGCGGCGAGGGAGGGAAUCCCUCGCACUGACGCGGCCAAACUUCUGCUAGACGCCGGCGCGGAGCCUUCACUCCCGCCCGCCCCGCUGCACCGCCCGGGGACGCGCCAGCCCGCGGCCACCUCCAGCUUCCCCCGAGCGGCCGGGCCCCCUCCCAGGCACCCCGGUCACAAGCGGACAAUGUCCCAUCAGAAACGACCAGGAGUGCAAAGGGUUGAGGUUGAUGUCGCCUGGGGGAGGACUGCGGCAAGGCGGCACCCACCCAGGGGAGCCCCAGCCGCGGAGCCUUCGCCCACCACCGGCAGCGCUCCGCGGGCGCGCAGAGAGGGACACACCACCCAGGGAUGCCGCAGCCGCAGGUCCCUCCUGACUGGCGAAGCUCAAGGAGCUCCUCAUGAAUAUGCACAGCCCCCCCCGAGAGCCGGCCGCGGGAUGACCCCCUCCCGGGGGCGCCCCGCCGAGCCCUGCCUCCCCUCCGCGUCCCCUCGCCGGGGGCCAGGGCUGCUUUUGGAGAUGCUAGAAUAUGAACAUUGCAGACUGAACAGAAUAACAAAGCUCACUUAAAGUAAGAGUGUCCAGCGAUGUUCAGGAGCUACAAGAACUUUUGAAACUUUCGAACAGCUGAAAAUGUACAGUCUUAAAUGCUGCAGUCUCAGAGCCCUUUUUCUCUCAAUGCUCUGUAGGUCAAUGCAAAUUCCUGAAGCUGAAGGAAAAGGUGAAAUUCUACCUCCAACUAUACAAAAAAUAAUAAAAGGAUACAACAAGUAUCUACGUCCUUUUUUUGAUAAUGGUCCCGUGUCAGUUGGAAUGAGUCUGGAUAUUGCAAGCAUUGAUACAAUAUCAGAAAUAAACAUGGACUACACAGCUACCAUAUUUCUAAGGCAGCGAUGGACUGAUGAGAGACUUUGUUUUGAUGGUAAUAAGAGUUUAAGCUUAGAUGGUCGGCUUGUGGAAAUGCUUUGGGUACCAGAUACCUUCAUAGUUGAUUCAAAAAAGUCUUUUCUUCAUGAUAUCACUGUUGAGAAUCGUCUUAUAAGAAUAUACCCCAAUGGAACAGUCUUAUAUGCUCUGCGGAUCACCACAACUGUUGCAUGCAGUAUGGAUCUGACCAAAUAUCCAAUGGAUAAGCAGACGUGUACUUUGCAACUGGAAAGCUGGGGUUAUAAUAUCAAUGAUGUCACGUUUUACUGGACUAGAGGAAAUGAUUCAGUUCGAGGUUUGGACACACUCCGACUGGCACAAUACACGGUAGAAGAUCACUUUACUUCGGUAUCUGAAGCAGUAUAUGAGACAGGACAUUACCCAAAACUAGUGUUUCACUUUGAACUCAAGAGAAACAUCUUGUAUUUCAUACUAGAAACGUAUGUACCAUCAAUCCUACUGGUUGUACUCUCCUGGGUAUCAUUUUGGAUAAGCCAGUCUUCAGUUCCAGCCAGAAUCUGCAUAGGUGUUACCACAGUCCUUACUAUGACAACACUGAUGAUGGGAGCCAGGACUUCGCUCCCAAAUGCUAAUUGCUUUAUUAAGGCAAUUGAUGUGUACCUCGGCAUCUGCUUCAGUUUCAUCUUUGGAGCACUGUUAGAGUAUGCUGUGGCUCAUUUCUGCACUCUGCAUCGACUCAGUUCAAAGGAACUUCAAAAGGAUGAGGAUGAGGAGGUUGAAGAAGAGAGGAAUGGAGUCCUGGCAGCAGUCACUAACAGUUCCAGCGACCCUGAUGAUAUGAACAAGCUCGAUUCAAACAAGAGCAGCAAAACCAGCGUUGAUGGAAAAAGGGAGAGAAGUAAACACAGUGGGUGUGGUUCUCCAAUGUCAGUAGUGAAAAGACUUUUCUGUAUCUUUGAUUGCUUACAUGUUAAAAAUCCUUACCACAUAGACAACUAUGCCAGGUUUUCUUUCCCGCUAUCUUUCAUCAUAAUUAAUGUAUUUUAUUGGGUGUAUUACUUGUAUUUCUAAGUAUUUGAAGGUGUAAAAUUGUUUUCAAGUUUAGAAAGUGGAUAUGAGAGGGGAAAUUGCAGAAGAAUUAAGAAGCUGCAUUUGGAUAAAGUGAUAUAAAAAGACAUGUUUUCAAGUAUUUCUACAAAGUUGCUUGUUAACUCACUUUUCCACUGUUAAGUAACUGUCACCCAAAACUGACUUUCCUAUUAGCAUGCAUGUCCCAUAUUAAACUAUUUGUCAGAGGCAAAUAAGUAUUUUUUAAUAUUUUAAUGGUCAACUUUGUAAAAAAGUUGCUUGUUUAUGCACUGCCUUGAAUACAUUUAAAACUAAAAGCAAUGAAGUGUUGUUUUCCUGCUAUGCUUUCCGUAUUCAGUUCCUUAUAGCUUUGUCGAUACUGCAUAAUUUUCCAGAUCAUAUAAGAAAAUGUUUACUUGCAGAUUGAAUUGGUUUUGCUUCAUAGCAAGAAAGAGGUUUGAAGGCAUGGGCUAUCAACACAAACCAAACAAUAUAUUCAUUUGUGUAAGGUCACAAAUAUGCUUCAAGACUCUUCCCUACAUCUUUAGACAGGACUCCCAUAGGCAUCAAAGACUUUUAUGAAUAAGUGCAAGGCAGAAUGUAGAAAUGGACUGAGUCCAAAAUGCUUAGAUCCAGAGAGAUGUUUUUCUCAAGGACAUACUUAGGUGUUGGCUAAUCCCUAAUGGAAUAUGGCCAUAUAUCCUGAUGUUUAUACUCUGUGCUCUGGUCAGUCACAACUGCCUGUGUAAAUAUUAUGCAGAGGAAAAAUCUGAUAUGCUUAAUUUUCAGCUUAGCAAAUUCCUUUUGAGUUACUUGCCAAUAAAUGUCAUGUAAAGAUGAAAAGACUUCUUGAAUUGAAAAGAAAGCCCUGGAUAUGCAAUAACUCUUGAUGAAUAAAUGAAAGUUUUAUACAGAUGAAAUUAUGACCCACAUGAGAGAAUGGUUACACUUGAUGAAAAACUGUAACAGUCUUUCUGAGUGGUCACUUCACUGAAAGAUAUUACAAAAAUUAUUCAUAUGGCAACUUAUUUCUUAUACUGCAAUCUGGAAAUUUAGAAGCUCUUAUUUUUAUACAUUUUUCCUGACCAUAAUAUAUGUGUGGGUUGCAUAUAUAUGUAUAAAUGUGUAUAUGUGCUUUUACAGACCGUGUACCUUGGCAUUUACGAUGAUCUGACACACUGCACACAUAGAAAUGCAUGAAAAAAAAAACCCAUAAUGUUGACACUCUUUGACACACCCUUCUACAAGUAAGCUGCUCAUGAAGAACAAGAGAAGAAGGAAAGUGCAAAAUGCCAGGGUGGGUUAGAUAUGCCCCUGCUCACAAAUAAAUCCUUGAAAAUCAUUGCACACUGGUAAACAAUUAUUAGGUAAAAAAAAAAUCCCCUCAGUAUUUUCAUUUUCUAAAUGGGUUGAGUACUGAAAAUUCAUUUCUCUUCUGAUUUCAGUAAUGCCUUUUACAAGGCUGAUCGAGGCAAUGUGGCUUCAAUAACAGUCUACUAGCUUUUGGUACCUUGUGGCUCUUCUGACUUUCAUAUAAAAGCAAAUGCAUUCAAGAAAUCAAACCAAGACUACAUGUGCUAAGUACAAUAAAAAAAAUCAUACUUUUUAUUUAACAUUCUGCUGUUGCAGAUUUAACCUUAAACCCUUUAUUCAGGAGCAGAUUCUAUGGUAUUUUUCUUGGAAAUGAGCUGUGGAACUGGACUCUGAGAUCUCUUUCCAGUUCUUACUCCCAUAAAAUUCACGGAAGGCAUAUGGUAAAGCUCUGUAUUUUUUUUUCCUGAAUUUGAAAUUUACGUUAAUCCUGAAUCUUUUCGAAUAGUUAUCCACCCAUUGCAAGUUACCUGUUGUAUUAACGCUAAAUUUGGGAUUUAUGUUUACUACACACAUAAAGUAAGCAUUUAGAGUUUUGUAGCUUCAAAUUAACUUGGAGAUAAUUCACCUUAAAUAUUAUUUUAGAAAGCUGUUGAAGGUCUGGACAGCUUUAUUUACAGUGCACUGGUCGAUAACGGGGUCUGUUUUCCCACUGAUGUGCUAAUUGUAAGCAGAGUUAGACACUGAAGUCUCUCAUGUUUACAUGAAAGAAUAAACUGCACAGCCAGAUUAUUUAUUAUUCUGCUUUGCAUAAUUCUGCAUUAAUUACUAAUUUGAAAAAACAAAACUCAGUUUGACAUGAAUUUGUGUAAGCAAAAGAUAUUCCCCCCAGGGAACAGGGGAACAGAUUUUCAAUAUGGUGUAUGAAGAAUGGAGAACAGCAUUUUAAUUAUUCCAUUAAAACAUGCAAAACUGUCCUGAGAAACUAUCAAAUUCCUUGGAGUUAACCGGAAAGGCUCUUCUCAGUAAGUGGUGUUCACAAACAAUGCAUUGAAGGCUAAUACUCAGAGGUAAUUUAGAGAUGGAGAUGUCUCUUUCUGAGCUAACGGGGACUGCAGUGGAGGUUGAAGCACUCAAAGCUGCCCUUGGCCAGGAAAAUGGCUUUGUUUUCAUAGCUGGUGAAAACGAAAAGGGAAAGACCUUGGACUUUCUGCCAUGAUCUUCUGGUUGGUAGUUGUCUUUCUUUUGCUUACUUUAUAAUGUUUUCUAAUUGGAAACCUUCCUAGACUCAUAAUUCAGAAAUAUCCUGUCGUAUUUUGAGGCCACUUGAGGCAAAUGUACAACUGGAUAACCGAAGCAGGUGAAAGGGAGAAGUGACACAAACGGGUGAUGCACCUUCAUGUAAUUUACUUUGCUAUUAGCAGGAGGUGUGCUACUUUUGACGUAUCUGGAGGCAGCAGCCACUCCAAGGAAUGGUUCUCCUUUCUCUAUGGAAUACCCGCAGGUCUGAUCUUCUGGUUUAGCAGCCAUCUCACAGGAGUACGAGCAUUGUGCAGACUAGAAAAACAUUUCUGACCUUAAUAAGCUCUUUGGUCUUAUUGCAUUUCUUAAUGGAAAAGUAAAUCUAUUAUCAAAAUAAAAUCCUUUACUGAGCUAUGUUUUUAAAUAUAGUAAAAAUUUUGAGAGAUUUUAGACGUUUGAAGGUAUUAAUCCUUGCCACCUUUCCACUUCGGCAAUUAUUUGGUGUGUUUCUCUGAUUCAGCCAUGUUGUAGGUAUGUAUCUCAGGCAGCCGACUUACUGGGAUGCUAUUUGGGAUGUUUUGAGAGUAUUUGAAACAUUCCACCUAAAUCAAAAGGGAAAUACUAAGAAACAUGGUAUUUUAGAACAGGCAUUCAUUAGCUCACUAAUAAAUUAAGAAGGCAUUUUAAUGAAUAUCAGAACAUUUAUUUUAAAACAAAAAUGACUAAAUAACCCAUCUAAAUAUUCCAGUCAACAUAUUCGUCAUGCAUAAGGAAGGGGCAUAUGUCUGUUGAUCUGAGUACCCACUUUCAGCACAGUGGCCUUCUUUAUUAUCAGUACAGCAAUAACUUGAAUAGCUCUGUUUCCUUCCUUGCAAAUAUCUCAAUUGUUUGUGCUAAUCAUUUUAAGAGAACUGCUAUGCUUUUUGGCAUGGGAAAACAUAUUAAAAAAAAUUAUGCUCCACGUUGUCACUCUGCAAUUCAAAAAGAAAUUACCAAAAAGAUUAGAGAUUAAAGAAAACCUACAUAACAGUAAAGCUGGUGACAGAAGAAGAAACAGAAAAAUGUAAACCUCGUGCUUUCUGCUGUCUGCUCUUUCCAGCUGUGUGGUGCAGCUGAGCGCGUAAAACACCACUGGGAGUGCAAUCUGAAAGGCUACUGGAGAACUGGUGCUGCUAGUACAAUUCACUCCAUGCAGCAGUAGAUGGAGCUAACUAACUGCUCUUCAUGAUUGAACGAGUAAAUGUAAAUGGCAAACAGCUAGUUAAGGAGGACUCUAGGGAAAAGCUAUUACAAGCUGACAUUUGUACUAUGGUAAGUAGGUCAUGUUUGUAGUGACACAUUAAUUAAAAUCAGACAAAACAGCAUUGUCAGGUGGAGUGUUGAGGACUUCUGUUUUUCACACUAAAGUUCAGGCUUCUCAAAUCCAGCCUAUUUCCAUCAUUUUAGCCACUGAAAUCAUUACCAUAGUCUGCCAGUCUGCAAUGUAAAUUUAUGAUCACAAUACCUUAUGUUUUAAGCCUGAAUCUUCUAUCCUCAUGUCAAGGUUUUCUCCUGCAGGUUAUAAUGUUCCAAAUCAAAAUAUUGUAUCAUCUCAGUAUUUCAAGACAGGCAGAACAGUGGCUGUACCAACAGUUUACCUACAAAUAUUUAAGAAUCCUAAAUAAAUGUUCUCAGGCAAUUCACUGGCACACUGCUAACAGUUGACACAAGAAUCAAAUUAAUUUUAAAAGCCAGUUCAAAUUUUUUUGAAAAGUUUAUCUUGAAGUAGGGUUUGUUGAAACAGUGGGAAACUGAGUCAGGGGAGUCUUCUGAGCUGAUUGCUGCAAUAACAAGCUGUCUCAACCUAGGUGCUGAAGACUGGAGUGUAUUCUGCUUACUGUGGAGAAGUGGGAACUUGACGGUACUUAAAGCAGAUAAACUUGACGUGAUUUUGAAGACUGCAAUGGAUUUGCCAUUACUUAUAUAACUUUAUAAUUAAAACCAGGGGUUCACUUCAAUAAGAUUGCUAAAUUCAGCUUUUCAUCAGUUUCCAUCUGGAGACAUCUUUCCCCAGCCCUAUCUGACAGUCAAACUUUCUAUCAUCAGAAAGAGAAGGAUAGGGGGGCAUUUGAGGGCAUUUCAGUCUCUUGAUGAGGGUUUACUCAUAUAACUUGGGUUCUGUGUUUCUUUUCAAACUGGAAUGGACCCUAUUUUUCCAUUCCAUAUCAAAGACGGUGGAAACUUCAGAAGGCAAAAUAACCCCACAAGAUUUUAGCACCAUCACAUGCACACAAAUCACAACCUGACUUCUUUUCAGUCUCUGCUCUGAAUUUAAAUUUAAUCAAUAUUUAACCACUGGAUAACUUCAUCUGUAUAAAUGCACAGCUGCACCACUACUUGCCAUAGCAGGUAACUUUUGGAACACAGACAGUAAAAGGAUUUGAUAUCAGGGUUAAUUGAUUUCUCAGAAAGCAGAGGAAUGUAAUUUUUCUGCUUUAAAGGCAGGUCAGGAAUGGAUCCAGAAUAGCACCUGCUCUAGCUGGGGCACGGCUGCUUUGGAAGCUGAACAAGCUGGCAAAGUUAGAAAAAAAUUAACAUGAGAGUAUAAAAUGGAUUUAGAACCUGAAUUACAUAUUGACAUAUUGACAUUCUCAUUUUGUAUGCCCCUGGCCCUCAUGCUGAUGUUGAUGUUGUUACAAACAUCCAUUGCAUCUCAGAAACAGUAACAAACUUGUGAGCUUUGCCAGCAUGGGGAAAGCUAGCAUUACACCCACUGAUAUAUCCUGGAAAGAUGCAGAAUAAGAGAUUAUUGUCUCCUCGUUUUCUAUGUCCCAGCUUCUUUAGGAGCUAGUUCAUUUCAGUCCACUUCCAGUUUUGGUUUAUUGAAAACCUGCUUUGGAUCAGUGCCAUGACAAGGUGAACAAGAAUCACAUAACACUGCAUUAGUCUCUUCUAAGGGAACCAUCUGCACAAUUCUAUGCAUUUAAAUGCUAGUCCAUUAGACUCAUAUGCUGAGCUAUGUUAUGCAUUCAGCUAAUUCAGUCCUAAUCAAAGUGCUUUUUAUUCACAGCAAUACAUUUUUGAUGAUAUCUUAUGAAUACAACUGUCCUUUUCAGUGGUAUUUCCCAUCCUUGUGAAGAAAAGAAGAUCUAUAGGAACAGCUUCUACCCUACACUAUCUGUCUAUGAGUUGGUUACAGGGACCUGGUCCAAUCCUUGCUGAAGUUUUAUAAGGCUUACCUUGACAACCUUUCAGUGCAUUUCUGAGAAUACGGGAACUGACAGUCUUGACCUCUCAAAAUGUCACAAUCUUCAAAAUAAUAGUAUAGCAGAUUAAAGUCUCAGGAAAUUCAGUAAGUAGCUAAAUAUAAAUUGUUCCUUGUUCUCAACUUCUUUCCCAGAAAGAUGAGUAAGAGACUGAGUAUCAUUUUAUCAUCUGUAGGUUACCUUUUCUGUAAGCAAGUGCACAUAAUGGCCUGAGCUGGUUUUCUCUCCUGUCAGAUAACUUGAAUUACCAUGCAGCUUUUUGCCAGCAGAAUCAAAAACUUUGUGUCUUUUGUAUCUCUGCAUACGCCUGUAUUCUGGCUGUAGCAUUUUCCUCUCUACAUUGUUCUUUGAUAAUGUCAGGUCUCCAGAUGCACUGUCAUGCUGUACUAAAGAUGACAGAGGGACAAGCCAAAAUCAUCAAUUUUAAUGAUAUUUCAGCAUCAUCCUGGUCCUGUGUCAUUGCUGUGUAUGCUGCAGUCAUCAGUCUCUGUUUGUCUAAAAUAGUCCAUGCCAGAAACUUAAAUGCAGAGCGGGCUGAAGAGGCUAAUUUAUUAUAUUUUGACAAGGACCAGCCUCAUCUGGUAAUCCAGUGUGGGUGAGUGCAUCUGGUGAAUAGUGCAUCCACUUUCUCAGAUCCAAAUUGCUCUGUUAGUUUUCAUGACCCUCUUAUCUCUGUGCUGUGUCUAUCCAUCCUGGUUUCCUUAUCACAUAAUAGGAUUGUGCCUGUAUCUUCCAAUUUCAUUUUUAUUGGCUUUCAAUGUGUGCAAUGCUGAGAGUGCAAGCAGGGAUGCAAGCCUGUCUUGCUGAGAGGUGGGGGUCACUCACCCCAAAAUGUAUUGCCUCAUCUGCAGUGCGGGAGGACUGUUGGCCGUGGCUGCUGGGUCCUCUUGCUUCUUUGGGUUUCAUUUCUGAUUUGAAUCACUACCUACACCAAGAGGAGCCUCUACCCACACGUCUACCUAUCAAGGGCUCUCUAAUUAAAAGCUUCAGAGACUUCAGAGAUGGGGUAAAGAGUGUACUAGGUUAGACGUAUCAAUAUAUAUGCCCAUUAAUCCAUGCUACCCAGUUUUUUGAACUCGUUGUUGUAUUUUUACCAUAUAUAAUAAAGGAGGAGACAUCUCAGAGACAGGAUCUUCCUGCAAACUAUAUGAAAUAGAUGUCCAGGUCAGAGAGACAUCUGACUGCUACUCACAAAGCACAAGACUACAGCAUGAGCUUGUGUUUUUUUAAAUCCAAGAGAAAUCACGCUGAAGAGAGCACAUCUAAAUGCCUCAAAUGCCGAACAAGCUUCAGUCACAAUUUAUAUCUUCCCGACAUGAGAGUCAAGCAACACUGAAACACCAAUCUGGAGAAAAUCAGGCUUCAUUAGCUCUAAUAUCCAUGAGCUACUUAAAUUCUCUGCUCCUCAGAGACUGAAAGUAAUGCAGAAGGGCAGAGCACUGUUCUUUGCUUUUUUCCUGAAUUACAGUGGGAUUUCAAACUGUUUUCAGUUUGGGCUGUGUGAAAACACUGUAAAAAGGAUGCUGUUACAGCUAUAGAAAAAUAUUUGUGUCCCUAAUCUUCCUCUUACUCUCAUUCUCUACUCAUCCUUUCCUCUUUCUAACAUCUUUGUAAAUACAAUAAUUUAGUAUUAGAUUAGCUUUUUUAUUUUUUUUUUUCAGCUGAAUUUCAAUCUCUCACUUGGUGACAGGUACUAAAUAAAAAAUCAGCCUGCCUCCUUCACCUCUGGCCCUGGAUAGCCUCAUGGAAAUCAAACUGGAACACAGUAAUAAAAAGGGAAAGAGUUACCAGAAGAAGUGUCCUCACCUUUGUAAAAAAGAACAAUUACGGUAAAAAUGUAGAUGAAACAUGUGUAUUGUAUUCAUCUCCUGAGCAGAUUAUGUAUCUGUAAUCCUGAUUAAAGGACAUGUCACUGGAAUUUCACAACACAUGCGGAAGAUAUUUUAUCUAGAACCUGAAAAACAAAAUAAUGAUCAGAAGAGGGUGCUCUCAGCUCAUGCUGCUUUGGUUUUGUUUUGAACAUGUUGGUGGCAAUCUGUAGAAUUUUUUUCUCUCAUUGUUGAGAUUAAUAAAAUGUCUUUUUGUAAAA